UUUGUAUACAAAAUUAAUGUUCAUCGAUUGAGAAGUUUGAGGUUGAAGCCAAGUUCGCUGUCAGGAGAUCACAGUUUUAAAUCGAAAGUCGACUAUCGCAGGACAGAGCACGAUGACAGUCGGCAAUGCCAAGAAAAUCAUAGACCCUCUGAUAUGGAACGAACGUAUUUUUUCGUUAAUCGGGAUUUGGCCACAGUACCACGACCAUAUGAUGUUCAGGAUUUCAGUGGUUUAUUAUGGUUUAUACUUGAUAUUUGAGUAUUGGGAUUUCGUGGACAGUAUGGGGAAUCUCGAAAUGGCGGUGAUGAACGUGCUGGAAACAAUUGUGGCGACAACGAUGUAUAUGGAGAUGUUUUUGAUCGCCAGACGUAGGAUGCAAUUAAAUGGGGUGAUUGAUGGCAUCAGAAGAGACAUCGCGGACGAAACGUGUUUCGAGAACGAAGAGGAGAAACGAUUGUACUUUAACUAUAACAUCUUGUCACGUCGUAUUAACAAAUAUUCGGUGAUACUCACGAUCUUCAACAUCUUCGUGAUGUAUUUGCGCCCUGCAAUACAUUUGGCCACUUCGUUUCAUCGAGAUAACAGCACUAUUACGUAUCAGCUGCCAUUUCGAGUUCAUCUCAUCUUUGACUACAAAACACCUCGACUCUAUGCUCUGAUGUAUUUGUACCAAUUUCCUCUCACUUACAUUCCAAUGUACCAUAUCGCGGGAAUUGGUUUUAUUGUUAACACUGUGCUGCACCUCUGCGCCAAAUUGUCGAUAUUAUCUUAUCGUAUUAGAAAUAUUCAACCGAAACCAUCGGAACGAUUCAAGGAUAAUAUCAGACGAGCAGUGGUCAUGCAUUUGGAGUUGACAAGGUUGUCGAAAACAUUAAAUGACAGUUUUCGUGCGAUCCUUCUGAUAGAACUUAUCAGCCGUGGCUUCAGAUUGGGGCUAGUUUUGUACGUCGUACUGAUUAAAUUACCUACGGACCCAGCGAUGGCAUAUAAUUUCCUGUUAUACGCUCUAAUCGUAAUUGCCUUCUUAUACUUGUAUUCGUACAUAGGCGAACAACUAAUAUACGAGUCGCAGAGGGUCGGUGACGCGUUCUACGAUAUCAGUUGGCCAGAGGUGACAAGUCCUGAUAAGAAAAUAUUACUGAUCUGUUUAACGAACGGACAACGAACGAUGUACAUUAUGGCUGGGAAAUUUUACACCUUCUCGUUGUUUGGUUUUACUGGUAUUAUGAAUACAUCCUUGGCUAGUUUCUCCAUGCUCCGAACUAGGGUGUAAGCGUACAAUAGGAAGUGUACCUUACGAUUCGAAAAAUUUUCGAUUGACACGGUGAUCCAUACACCGUGUUUUGUAGAUUGUUAUAGAUAAGCAAUGUGGAUUUCCGUAUGCCCAGCCAUGACAUAAUUUUCGUCGAUACGUUAAAAUGUAAAUUCCUAUUGUAGUAACUCCUGCUCAAGGUAAUAAGAAAUGUUUUGUGGUUUCAUUGUGAUAAAAUAAUAGCGGUGAAAAUAUAUAUUUCAUGUUUUUAACGUUAAACAACUAGCGUUUCAAUGUACACAUAAUUCUACCACCGUCAAUUUUCGAAAAGAAUUUAUGUUUUAUCAUUAUACCACGACAAAAUUAAAGAAUAGAUUACGUAAAUGUAACGAUGUGAUAAAUAAUGCGAUUUCAUGAAACUUCGAUGGGCA